AUCAGUAAUGAUUGCUGAACAUUCUCAUCAACACUUGGAUCACGAUGAAGAUUGCAAUUCUUGUUCUCGUGUUGGCUGCUGUGUCAGCUUUUGCAGCCGAUCAAAUCAACGAGGAGGCUGAAGUUGAGGUAUUUGUUCAGCAUCUCAUGAAAGGACACAAUGUAGAGAACGUUGAGCAAUUCAUCGAGAAACUCAUGAAUGAAGAAGAGGAAACAGUCUCUGAACAAGAAGAACUGAACGAUCAAGAUAUUGAUUCGAUGCUGGCCCAAAUGCAAGAGGAUGAUGGAGACAACGAUAUUGCAAUGCUUCAAGAGCUGAUCGCUCGAGAACAAGACCCCGAAGUAAAAGCACAGUGGCGUAGGUGGAGAAUUAGAAAAAUCAUUCGUAAGGUCUCCCGAGGGAUUAAGAAAGUUGUUAAGCAUCCAAUUUUCAAAAAAGUCUUACCUCACGUACCUUUUCUUGGAAAAGCCUACAAGGCUUACAAGUGCUUCAAGGGCUGAUUGAAAAGAGAGAACUGAACUGUGAACAACAACAAUUAAGGAAAAAUGAUUAGUUAGUUGUAGAUGUUGUGUUCAUGAUGGUUCAUGAUGGCUAUAUAGUUGAUGACAUUAUCUUAUAACGCUUCUAUAGUGUUGUUACUAGUUAGUUGUAGAUGUUGUGUUCAUGAUGGCUAUAUAGUUGAUGACAUUAUCUUAUAACGUUUCUAUAUAUAUAGUGUUGUUACAGUAAAAUGACAGCAUUUUAGCAGCUCUCACUUAAUUGAUUGAAUAUUCUUUGAGUUUUGUG